CAUCCACUUGUGCUUUUGUCUUUGCUUGGUGAAAACCUGUCUUUUUGAAAAUCCACCAAUUUGUAUACUCUUCCAGCGUGACAACGGGGCGAGAUGGCAGAUCGUCGCGAAAUAUACAAAAGAGUGGGUUCUAAGAAAUUACAGGAAUGGCACGAUAAUAAACUUUUGGAGUUUUCGGAAAAUGAGGAUUUGUCCAAAGCCUUUAAGUCUUACGUGUCAGAAAAAAUCCAUAAGGAUGUUGCAGAAGUAUGGGACCUGCUGCGAAUCGGCACAAUUGCCGAAAAUAACCAUUCAGCAGGCCAGCAAGAGGCGAGGAAGAAGGCGCUGGAUAUUCUAAAGGAGUUGGAUAAGAAUAAUGAACUGGAGAGACUGCAAAUGGAAGCUGUGAAGCUGAACCUCGAGAAAAAUAAUGUUGCCUUGAAAACAGUAUUUGACAGUUUGAACAAAGACCUUACUCCUCGCCCUGCGGAUGAUUUCAGAUUGGAAAUGAAAUCAUUCGGUACUGUUCAGAGCUCGAAUAGAGGGAAUUAGAAGAAAAACAAGUAAAACCCUGAUGUAAUGCUGAUGGACUUCACCCGAACCAACAAUUGAUGACUUGAUGCGAUUUUUCUGCGAUUCAUUUACCUUGUCAAAUUACAAGGAAAAUAAAAAGCAUUAAAAUUA